GGACUUCUCCCGUCUUGAGCGGAGCGUGUGUAUAAAGGGCAAGUCUGGCUCGGAGGCCUCCUCGCUUUUGCCUCUGGCGUUGGUCAUCAGGCAGCGUCGAGGAGCUUCUCGUCGCCGGUAGUAGUGAAAGUGCGCGGACUGAGGUGUGCGCGCACGCGGCUGAGCGCGCCCAUUUUUCAUCAGCUGGCAAGGACCGUGUGCUCGCGACUUCAACCCUUUCGCGAGCCCCGGGUGGGGUCCUCGUCGAAACACUCGUAUUUUUUAAACCCCGUGCCCGGAUGCGGUUAGGAACUCGGAGAACUAUCAUGGAUAUCCGGGUGUUUCCGUCGGCGUCGUCUCCGGUGUUGAUGUCGUCGUCGUCGUCGGCGGCGUCGUCACUGUUUUUGAUUUCGCGGCGGAUGUCGGGAAGUACGGCAGCCCGGCUCCCGCGGCUUCUGCUGAUGUUGGCGUUUCUCUUCGCAGCUUGCUCGGCGGAAUCCGUCACACCGGCGACACACGAGGAGCUCCGGGAACGGAUCAACUCGCCGAUGCCGUACGGCUUCAAGUAUGAGGCCGUGGGUGACGACGGCGGCGGCCACACGCGCGAGGAGUCGGCCGACGGCUCGGGCCGGGUGGUCGGCUCGUACACCAUCUUCACGGCCGACGGCCUCGAGAGGCGCGUGUACUACGAGGCCGACGAGAACGGCUUCCGGGCCCACAUCGAAACCAACGAGCCGGGCACCAAGACAUCCAACCCGGCCGACGUGACCAUCGUGUCGAGCGCGGGAGACUACCAGCCCAAUGCGGCCACUGUGCGGCCCUCCAAGCCGGUGCCUGGGACAAAGGGACCCCAAUCCCCGACAGAAACGACAACAGGCAUUCCGCAAGAAACAGUGUUCCCUUCGCGCUACGAAUCCGGCGGCUCAGGAGGUCCAAGGGGACCAGGCGGAUCGGAACAAAUCACGUCACGUAUCUUACGAGUGAACCGUCCAGGCGAGCCUUACCGCCAACCUGGCUUCGCAUCCGAAGGCGUCGCCAGAAGCCCUUUCCUGCGCGUCCAACCUGGAAGCCCUCCAACGGGAAUAGUCCCCAUUGGCCCCAUCCAGGUCUCCCGAAUCCCCGUACGUCCCCAGCAGCGGCCAGACGGCAGACCCCGACCCCAGAUCAACUACGGUCCGUCAAUCACCGAACCCUUCGGUUUCCAAACGGGUGGAGGACGUCCGAUGCAUCCUUCGUACGAUGGAUCCUUCAGGGUACCAGCGUCCUCCUCCGGAGGCAUCUUCUCGCCGGCCCAAGUGGCAGCCGUUAACCCGCAGUCUCUGGAGCCCCAAGCUGGUUUCGAGAACGCUCCCGGCAGCGCGUUACGAUCGCAGCAGGUGCCCGGUGGAUUCUCGCCGAGGUUCGGAGAGCAGCAGCCAGGGUCGCUAGCGCCGGAGCGUGCAGGGGGUCAGCAACCUGGACUGGGUCACCUUCCCGGUCCUGGCGGGCCUCGAGAACAAGCGCUGCACAGGGGCCUCGACAAGACUGGUCUCGGGGAUGAAGGGCUCGAUGGACUCCGCGCAAGCAUCGCUGCUCGCGGGCCGAGCCGGGAUGGACAGGGAGGAAUACGGGGUCCUGGAGCGGCUUCUAGAGGGUCACCAGGUUCCCGCGUCGGCUCGCCUCUGGAUGAACCGAGGGCUCCUUCGGCAGGACUGGCGGGAGACCAAGAUUCUGACAACGGUGCAGACGACGACGACGACUUCCCUCCCAACGACCCACGUCGGCCGUACCUCUUCAAGUAUGAGGCAGCCGGACCGGGAUCGCUCAGCAGCCGGACGGAGGAAGCCGACGUUUCGGGCCGAGUGAAGGGCUCCUACACCAUCAGGACGCCCGACGGCAAGACAAGGUCUGUGGACUAUGAGGCGGACCACAGGGGCUUCAAGGCCAAGAUUCACACCAACGAGUUUGGGACGCAGAGCCACGACCCGGCAAACGUCACCUUCGUCUCUUCGGCCCGGGGCCACUCCCCCUUCGGGGAUCCAUUGAAGCCCUUCAAGCCGAGACCUCUGGAGGUGGGUCACCCGGAGCCUAUUUUGAUUGCAUCCCCGAUUCCUGGAUCACCUGACAGCAACUUCGACCCGACGGAUCCACAGGAUUUAAAUGCUUUCAAUUCGCCAUCACAAUUUGGAAACUUUGACGAUUCUGGGCCUCACGACCACACUACACAAGACUACCAAUUCCCUUCUGGAAAACCCAUGAAACCCAACCAAAGAUUUCCAGGACAGGCUCCGAGAAGAAAUCAAGACGGCAGUUCCGGUGCCGUCAGUCCUUUCCAGAGAGGUCAAGGCUUCCAAGGGAGGCAGGGCCGCCCUGGAGGUGUGGACAGUGGUCCUUUCACUGGCAGAGGAUUUCAACAAAAUCUCCCGUCGCGGCAGCUCGGUGGAAACUUCCCUCAAGGUCCUCAAGAUGUUGGUGCUCCCCCAGGUGGCGUCACAAAUCCAGAAGACCCAAGGAACAAGCAGAUCCCGCAGUUUGUUCAGAAGUACAUAGCACCCGUCCCGGUGAUGAGCACCAUCGGCAAUAUCCCCAACCCCCGUAACCACGCUGCAAACAGGAUGCUCAACCAAUUCGACAGAGAUAACUUUGGACCCCAGAACACCCGGUUCGACCAGCCCUCACUCGUAAGCAUUGACAUGGUGAACCAUGGACCUCAGAACCUGCCUCCGCCACGUAGGUUCCAGCAGCCAAGUUUCCCCAAUGCUCCGUCGCAGUCAGUGGACUUUCCUCAGAGUCAGUUAGGAUCAAGCAGGGGCAGCCCUGUUCCAGUGCCCUUCGUCAAGCUUCCAUUUGGCCGCAGGUUUGGGGAUCGACCUCUGCAGGCUGGGCCGCCGGUCCAUCAGGUCUUGUACAGUGACACUCCUCAAAAACUCGGUGGACGUGGAGAACCAAACCGCCCCGGAAACCUAGGUGCUGGCUUGAGAGGGGGCUUUGAGGGUCUUAUUAGGCAGGACCAAGCUGAUCUUUUGAACGAGACACCGAAAGAAAAAGGCAUUCCAUCGGGGGUAGCGAGACAUGGCGGUGGCCUUGAAUUUCUUGAAGAACUUCUGCCAUAUUACGAGAAAGAACUGGGAUUGGAUGGUAAAGGAAAGGAUAAAGUUCAGCCUGUAGAUGGCGAAAGGAAGCCAGUUGAGCACAUUCCAAUAGUGCCUUCGAAACACGAGCUGCUUUGCGACGACAAUGACGAUCCGAAGUCACACGAUUCUAAGCUGGACGGCAAGUCCAAGAAUGGGAAGAAGUGUUCCCUUGGUGGUAAGCCUGGCGAUUCGGGAAAAUCUGAUGGAAGAGGAGGGCCAGGCGAAGAGGUAAAAGAGCCACCUGUUGGCUCUGAAGAGGAAUUUCUUAACUACAGGAAUCCUUUUUCUGGAGUGCUCGUCUCACCGGACCGAGAUACACCGGAAAAGGUAGAUAGAGAUGGCAAUAACCUCCAACCCCCAUUCGUCAGCAAGGAUGGACUGAGAGUGCCGGUCUUGUUGGGGGGUGGAAAACCUCCUCCAGAUGGGCCUCCAACGGUACUGAUUGACGGGGCACCCGUCCCACCUGUAAGUGUAGAUGACAACGUCGACGGAAAUGUUUCUCCAAACUUUGGAAGUGGGCCUGCGUUGGGUAUCCCAGAGAAGGGGCGUGCGGUGCCUCCCGGUAAUCAAGGCUUCCAGCAGAACUCUGCACCUCAGAUCACUGGCCGUGACAAUAACAACAGACAAACUGGAUUGAGACGUGAUCCUCUUGACUUUUUUCAAAAGUUUGGAGUGCCUAGUCGUGACAUUAGCAAUCCUCCGUCACCUUUCCUUCAGCCCAUUCGAAGUGGCAGUGCUUUUCCCGACCAACAAAACCGGGAACCUCAGAAUCCAGAUAGCCAGGGUGCACCGAGGAAUCAGUUAGGCAGUGCACUGGGGGCCUUUGGUCGCAGUGCCUUCCCAGGACCAUUCCAAAGACCCGUUCCAUUUGGACAAAGGCUUAGCGGUCUUAAAAACACGGGUGAUUCAAGGCCACCAGCACAACCCGUCAUUCCGGCCCAGGUUCAACCUCCGUACCGUAGGAAUGGUCAAGGAAUCUUUCCUCCACCGCCAUUGCACAGGGGACCUGUACUUCAACAAGGGGGGCCAGGUUUUCUUGCAGGCGGUCGGAAUGACAACCAGGCUCCCCCUUCUGUUCAGCUAAUCGACCCAUCUCAUACAGGGCAGGAUUCACCAUUGGGCCAUGUCAGACCUGAUGUUCAUCAAAACCAAGACACAAACUUCCAGAAGCCACAGCUUCAUCACACAGGAGCUCCUGGUGGAGAUCCUAACCUGCAAAACAACAAGAGACUCGAUGAUCCCACGCAUGGUGGAGGUAGACCUGGUGCACCGUUAUCUUUCAGUUUUGUAAACACAAGACCUCGAAGGCCAGGACCGAAGCAAGUUACUGGGAAGCAAGUACCUGAUGUGGACUUUCAAGGAAGACCCAAGCCACAGUUUUCUGGCAAUAGGGCACCACCGAAUAACCAAGCAGCUCCACUGAUUCUUGGUCCCACUCCUGACGUAUCUGGGCCAUUGACGGGCAGGGGACCAGCCGGUCACUUUACCUUUGUCGACACAAGGAGGCCAAAUGCACAGCCUGGACAGCCCCGCCUUCAAGGUGACAGAAGGAAAUCAUUUCCCAACCAGCUGACAGCUCCUGGGCCUGUUCAUGAAGCUGACAGACAAGAUCAACCUGGUCCUCAGGACAACCUUCCAAAGCAACCACUUGCACGAGGGAGCCUUCUGCGAAAGCCACUGCUGGAAAACAAUAACCAAAACCCGGGUGUGCUGGUGAAAGACAAUGCUCCAAGCGUAAUUCAUGGCCCCUUUAGCUUUGUGGAUACCAGGAGGCCUCGGCUUCCACAAGAUGGUCGACAGCAAGGACCACGAAGAGUUCCUCUUAGUGUACUUAAUGGAAUAAACCAGGCGGCUCCUGGACAAGUAGCAGGUGCCCCUAGACGGGGACAGGGUGCUUCUAGAUUUGGACAAGGUGCUGCUAGACUUGGACAAGGAGCUCCCCGACUGGGGCAGGUUGCCCCCGAACUGGCACAAGGUGUGCCUGGACUGGGACAGGUCAAUCCUGCAUUAGAACAGGUCAAUCCUGCACUAGGACUGGUCAAUCCUGGACUGGUAAAUAUUGGUCCUGUUCUGGGACAGGUUAGUCCUGGACUGAGACAAGUCAAUCCUGGACUGGGACAGGCUGGUCCUGGACUGGUGCAGGCCACUCCUGGACUGGGACAGGUCGGUCCUGGUCUGGUACAGGUCGGCCCUGGAUUGGGACAGACCAGUCCUGAACUGGGACAGGUCGAUCCUGGGCUGGGACAAGGUGAAAGGGGCUCUCAAGAUGGUCCUGUGUCCUUCACUGGUGGCUUUGGAGUGCCACCCGCAUUGGGCUUCCCUGACAGACUGCCAAAGUAUCCUCAGAUGGGUGUGCAAGACGACGGGAAUCUUGGCAACAAACACGUUGCUGGAGGCAGGGAUGGCUUGUUUGGUCAAGGAUUGCCACAGGACAACCAGCAUCAACCAGGAGGAGCACAGCUGCCCACAGCUGAUCAACAGCCUGGGGAAGGUGGAGCUUCAGUUCCUGGCACUCCCAACACCUUUGGUAUAAACCCGCAGGCAGUUUUCCGUGGACAGCCUCUAGCUCCAGUGGUUGUCCCGGGUGGCCCCUUCCAGCCGGGUGUACCGAGAAACCAGCAGCAAGGAACAUCGUUUGGCAGGGACAGCGAGGCACAGUUGGGAGGACGUGACGAAGCCGGCACACCAGACUUGCGGGGACCAGGUUUCGGUCAAAACUUUGGCUUCAAUGGGCGUCCUCCGAGCGUGUUUGGAGGCCCCCGCCGAUUGGACAGCAGACGGCGCCCAGGCUUCUCCCUCACGCAAGGAAAUGACGGAAGGACGGCACAGGGGAUCCUUCCCGGGGUAGGAAACGUUGGACCCGAUCUAACCUCUCAACAGUUGCCACAAGCCCCUCAGGAUCGUGCUGCCCAAGCCGGAGUUGACGGCUCGUACGAAGGGGGUCCGCCCUCCGUGGGACCCACUCGGACCCCUCUCGCGAUCAGCCAAAGGGUCGGCAACACUCCGGUCACGGGCCGCAAUGGGCUUCCUGUGGGGGGCCGUUUCCGUGGUACGCCCGGACCUCGGUUUGAUGCUGGGAGGGACCAGGCCCCCCUUGUACCAAACUUGAACAACCAGGACCUUGGACAGCGCAAGGACCAGCAACUAGCCAGGGAAGGGUUUGGGGCACCAGAAGACAUAGACGACGUCCAACCUCGCAACUACGACCAGCGGGGCCGGGACGAAAACGGAAACACUGGCGCAUACUCCUUCGGCUAUGUGAACGACGACCAGCAGGGAAGCCGAGUGAUGCAGCAGGAGGAAAGAGACGACGACGGCCGGGUGACAGGCUUCUACAUCGUCGAGGACGUGGACGGACGGAAACGAACGGUGCAUUACAUCGCCGACAAGGACGGCUUCCGUGCCCGGGUCCACACCAACGAGCAGGGUACAGAGAACCUAGACCCGGCCGACGUCAAGAUGAGGGUCGAGAACCGGAUGCCGCACCCUCCGCCCCGGAAGCCUCCCAAGGCUACCGCCGCCGAAGAGGUCCCAGCCGACGGCGCCGACCAGAACGUUAAAAGUUGAAGAGUCGCGACGACGACGAUGUCGGAGAAGCUUUUCGCACCACGAUUUGCCCUGGAGGCUCUCAUUUCUGCCAACUCAUGCGCUGGUUUGGGCUUCCCGUGGGGGUGAGGCAGCGGUUUUGGGAAAGGCGGCUUGAGAGGACGUUUAGGUGAGAUGUUUUUAUGUGGGGUGCAGAAGGGGGGGGGGGGGGGGGGGCGGGCAUGGAUGCGUGAGGACUUUAUUGUAAGCUGGGAAGUUGGGAGACUGGUGUAGUGAAAGCUCGAAGUGCCAUCUCAUCGAAGUUUCGUCAUCUAAAGAGCUAAGGAGGAAGAUGAGAGCAGUGGUGCGGAUAUAGAAGCAGAGCCAAUACAAAUGCGCGUGGUGACGACGCAUGCAGUCUGUGCACCGUUUGUGGCACUUGGAAGUUUCACUGUCUUCUUUAAAUCACCUAGUAAGUUCCUUCAUCCCAAUGUAUUUAUAUGUCUGAAAAUUAGACAUGUUGCUGACUAUGAAUAUUUUGCUCCUUCUGUGUUUGUUUUAAUUUAUAAAUAUGCCGGUACCGGAUCCGGCCAUCUGUUGCUUCAUGUCAGAGCCACGAAUUUUCCGAUCAUUUGUCACGUUUGGUUUUUCGUUAGUUUACAUGUUUUCAUCAGCGCGAUCAAAUAAUGCAUACCACAGUGGAGUUGGAGGUUUCAUCAUUCCUGAUUCAUUUCUCUGGCUGUUUUCUGAAAACAACCCACCAUUGUCAUGCUGUUUAGCUUACAAUAAACAUUGCAAUGAAACUUG